GGUAGUAAAAUGACAUGAAACAAAGAGACGUCCUAUUUUAUAAUCUGUGGUUUAUCCCACCCUGUAUUGAUUUUCGGAUUGUUAUAUACUUUUGUGUUAUAUACUUUCCCAUUUACCCCAUACCUAUAGUGCUCUGAUACAGAUAUUGAUUGAUAAAAUCUUUCUUUUCUCCAUGGCUUUCAUCGAGACUACACACACUGUCCCCGCCCAUGAGUAAAUAUCUUUUGUGUGAAUAGUAAUGCUAUCAGGAGUGGUCUGUACUGUAUGGUGCCCUGAUUAAGAAUGCAACCACUCAUAUCUCCAGUCGAUCAUGAAUCACGCACUAAUUCUUACCGUGCUGAAGAAGAGAAUAGGGGCACUGAGGCAACACCACUUCUCCAACGCUUCCCGAGGUAUCAAGGCAAUGAUAAUCACUAUCGCACCAGGGCUGUUGUCAGCUUGCUUCUCUUAAUCCUACUAUCUGGUAUUGUCAUUGGCACAUAUCUCCUGAUCAUCCAAAGCAGAUCAGAGAAUGUAUUACCACCAAUCGAAGUACCGGAGCUUUAUGUUAGCCGUCUUCAAUGGGAUAAGAAUAAGGAAGUUGAUCAAGUGAAUCUUGUGCCACAGUUGAAGAAGAACACAGUCAUUGUUGUUCAGACGGAUACAGAUGGAUGCAACUGUACAAUAACUUGUUCUACACUACUGAACUCAAUGCAGGAAAAUGGAACCCGCCUACAAUAUAACUUCUUGGUGUCACCCGACGGAGAGACCUUCGAAGCUCUAGGAUGGCGAAGAAAUUCAGUCAUUUUUCCUGAUUACUCUGCAAACGCCAUAGUCCUGGCAUUUAUAGGUAAUUAUACACAAGAAGCACCGUCAACCGCUCAAGUUAUGCAAGCCAAGAUAUUUCUAGAAAACUCUAUAAGUCAGCAACAUUUAGAUUUGAAUUUCGAUAUGAUCGGUAAAAAAACUAAAGAUUUACCAAAAUAUUUGUUCUUAGAGUUAAGUAAAUUUCCACAGUGGAAUAAACAACUCUCCGAUAUGGAAUAA